AUGACAAAUUCGACUCAAUUGAGCUACGUGGACUCCACAAGUGAUCCCCAGAGAUAUGAACGUGACUGGGUGCCUAAAGUUCUCGCUUACAGAGAUAAACUUGAUAAAAGUAUCAAGAAAGAAAGUUAUGCUCCCCAAGACAUCGUACCAAAGUCAAUUGAUGAAGCUGCCGAUGUGACAACUAUUCCUUAUCAAGUGUUAAAUGAUAAAGAAAUUGAAAUAACAGAUAUGCCUGCUACUGACCUUGCAAAGAAGAUCGAGAAAGGGGAGCUUACAGCCGUUGAAACAUUAUAUGCUUUUAUUAAAAGGGCCACAAUAAGUCACCAACUUACACAUUGUGUUACUGACUUCUUUGUAGAAGAAGGUAUCAAAAGAGCACACGAAUUAGACGAAAUCUUUGCAAAGACUGGAAAAACCGUGGGUCCCCUACAUGGUAUUCCAAUAUCUUUAAAAGAGCAUUUCAAGAAGAAAGGACGUGUCUGCCAUGCUGGUACAGUUGGUUUAGUUGAUAACAUUGUGGAUGAAGAUUCCAUAACCACUCAGAUUUUAGAUAAAGCGGGUGCUGUAUUUUAUGUUCGUACAACAGAGCCUCAAACAUUGAUGCACGAAUGUUCCGACAAUAAUAUUACGGGAAGAACAGCUUGCCCAUAUAACACUUCAUUAAGUCCUGGUGGAAGUUCCAGUGGCGAAGGUGCUCUUGUAAGUAUGGGUGGUUCAGCAAUUGGGGUUGGUACAGAUAUUGGUGGCUCCAUCAGGGCCCCUGCCGCAUUCUGUGGAUGCUGGGGACUCAGGCCAACAACAAAAAGAAUAUCUAUGGCUGGUUGUGUCUCUGCUCUCGAUGGUCAGGAAACUGUUUAUUGCUCAAUGGGUCCUUUCGCUAGAUCGUGUGCUGAUAUUGAUCUCUUUAUGAAGUCUUAUAUUGCAAUGGAACCUUGGCAGAUGGACGCAUCUUUAGUUCCAUUGCCUUGGAAAAAAAUUGCUCCUCCCAAGUUGACUGAUUUAAGAAUUGCGAUCAUGCAUCAAGACGGUGUAGUCCGUCCUCACCCACCAAUUGAAAGGGCUCUAAGUUAUGCAGAGGCAAAACUAAAAAGCGCCGGUGUGGAUGUUGUUACAUGGGAACCGUAUAGGUGCUUAGAAGCUUUUGAAAAUUGUCUCAAAGCAUACACUGCUGAUGGAAAUUUCAAACAGAAAAGAGCUUUAGCUCUUUCAGGGGAACCAGUUCUUCCACUUAGUCAAUAUGCUUUGAGCAUGGGUUUGGGUGAUAAAGGACUCACGGUCGUCAAAAACCACGAGCUCAAUGUUUUCAGAGAUACUUUAAGAGACGAAUAUCUCCAAUUGAUGAAUGAUAAGAAAGUUGAUUUUAUCUUGAGUCCAGCUUCUGCAGGUACUGCCCCUAGACCUGGUACCAUUCAUUAUUGGAAUUAUUGCUCUUUGUGGAAUAUCUUAGAUAUGCCUGGAAUUGUUUUUCCAACGGGCUUGUUUCAAGAUCCAACGGUUGAUGUCAAAGAUAAUACUUACACACCGAGAAACGAGUUUGAGAAAUAUGAAUACGGCUUGUAUGAACCUGAAUUUUUUAAGAAUGCACCCUUGUGUGUUCAAUUGACCGGCAGAAGGUACCAAGAUGAAAGUUUAGUAAAAGCUGCCGAAAUUCUUGAGACGGCCAUUAGGAAUUAA